AUGAACCGUCAACAUGUUACUCUAUUGGUAAUGCUAGAUCUUAGCUCCGCAUUCGACACCGUUGAUCAUGACAUCCUGCUUCGUAGACUGAAUCAUGAAUUUGGAAUAAAGGGGCGGGCCGGGUUCUAGAGUGGUUUACUUCUUCUCAGUAAACGUUCUCAAUUUAUUUCAGUCAACGGUGGCCGAUCUAGACUUUUUGAUGUAUCAUGUGGAGUCCCUCAGGUAUCAUGUUUGGGUCCCCUACUAUUUGUACUAUAUGUUAGUAAACUGUUUAGCAUUGUGGAAAAACACCUACCUGAUGCUCAUGCAUUCGCUGACGAUUCACAGCUCUAUGUAUCGUUCAAACCAGAUUCGACAUGUGAUCAACUUGCUGCAGUUGCUGCCUUAGAACAUUGCAUUGAUGUUAUAAAGGAUUGGAUGCUCUCUGAUAAAUUAAAGGUUAAUGAUGGUAAAACAGAAUUUCUAAUCAUUGGAACUCGGCAACAACUAGCGAAGGUCAACUUUAAUUCUUUGAGAAUUGGCGACAAUUCUAUCAACUCGAUCGACAAGGCAAAGAAUUUGUGA